AUGGCAAGGUUACUACUCCUCUGGGCAACACUGGCCAUCAGCUUGGCCGGCGCCAGUCCGCAGUUCAUCCCAGUGGUGCCCUCGACACCGCGGCCGCCUUCACAACCACCGCAACCACCGCAGCCGCUGCAGCCGAACCCGCAGCUGCCGACGCCGCCGGCCGUCCCCGGCACGCCGAACCCCAGCGCCUGUGCCCAGGUUGCCCAGGAGGCCGAUGCCGUCCGCGCUCGCGAUCCGGCGGCGGUGCCCACAGUCGCCGCCCAGCUCGCCUUUGACUGCCUCCAGUCGGUGCCCAACAAGCCGGCGCAGGCGCAGCGCCUCAUCACGAGUCUGCAGGCCUACGUCCAGUGGCAGAGCACCCUCGCCUGGCUCAAGAACCCGCCAGCCACCUACAUGCUGCCGCCGGCGGAUAUCGAAGGGGCCCUCGCCGAUAUUGGACGCACGGCGGCCGCUGGUGGUUUUGGCAGCGAGUACAACUUUCAGCUGGCCAUCCUCGAAACGUUCGCCUCGGCCCACGACGGCCACUUCAACUACCGUGGCGAUGUGUUGAAGGGGUUCGCGUUUGUCAACGGCCUCGCAUCCGACAUAAUUUCUGUGUCGAGGGACGGCAAGGAGCCGCCGCGUCUCUACCACUCGUCCAUGAUGUCCAACGGCAGCAGUGGUGAGGGUGGCCGUUUCCCUCCGGCCAUUGUCCGCAUCAACGGCCAAGAUGCCAACGCGGUCAUUGAGGAGACGAAUCUGCGCUUCAGCGGAUUUCAGGAUCAGGAUUCGCAGUGGAACUCCAUGUUCCCGACCUACGCGAGCCCCGACGCCGCCCUCACACUGUCUGCUUCGCUUGCCUUCCAGGGCCCUUCGUUGACCCUGACCUACGACAACGGCCAGGAGAGGACGGAGCCGAGCUGGGCCCUCGUCCGGGCCGCGGCGAACUUGACGGGCAUCCGCAACGGUGAGGACUUUUACGAGAGGUUCUGCAACCCCGACUCGCCGACGAGGCCUCGACAGCCGCCGCAGCAACCUCAACAGCCUCAGCAGCCGCAGCAGCCUCCCUCGCCACCGCCGAAUACGACCCGCCCUUCUCUGCCCGGCUACCCUGCGCCUGUCGUUCGUGACGGCGGCUCCGACACGACGUCUGGCUACUUCAUGCAAGGGCCGGGCCUCGAUACGACAGCCGUGCUCGCAGUAUCGUCUUUCGCGCCUGGCGGCUCCAUCGGCACGCUCGACUACCUGACCGAUUUUCAGACGACCGUAGCGUCGUUUCUCGCCGAGUGCAGCAGGCAGAACAAGGACCGGCUCGUCAUCGACCUGUCGGCCAACGGCGGCGGCCUCGUCGUUGCCGGGUUCGAGCUCUUUGCCCAGCUGUUCCCGGACGCGCCGCGGUUCCAGGCGACGAACCUACGGCUCGCCGACUCGCUCGUCGCCAUUGCCCGCGGCGUCGACGCCUUGCCGCCACAGCUGCAGCCCACCAACGCCGACCAGCGCGACGCUCUCGCUCAGCUCGCCACGAGCGCCGUCGUUGGCAACUUCGUGCCGGGCGAGGUCCAGACGCCUGCUGGGGCGGCCGAGCUCGGUGAGAUUGCCCGCGGCUACGCCAUCCUGGGCAGCGCCACGCCCGCGUCGGCCGGCGCCGUCAACGGCAAGAACUCGUUCAUGCCCGGCGACGCCAACACGCCGCUGCAGUUCCUGUGGCAGCCCGCCAGCUGCCGCGUCUACUACACGCCCGCCAUGCAGCGCGGCGCCGAGGCCGCCUGGACCGUGGCCUCGCGGGCGACGUGGGAGGACCAGAGCCUCUGCGUCGAGGGCAGCGUCAACAGCGGCACGCCUGGUGGCGGCGGCGUCGGCGGCGGCGUCGAUCCGGCGUUCGGGGCCGUCGAGCAGGGCGUCAUGGUUCCGCCGGGCGGCGGCGGCGGCAUCAUUGGCGGCACUGGCGGUGGUGGUGGCGCGCCGGGAUCAGCGCCGGGGGGUGGUGGUGGUUCUGGCGGGAAUGCCGGUGCGUCGCUGGAGGUGCGGUGGGGGGUGUUGCUGUUGGCGUUGCUGCUUGUCGUCUUGGUGUAG